AUGGCUAGUCAUCAGGAUCAUGAGAACUCGCCAGAUGUUGUUACUAGUAUGCUUAAAGUUUUUUCUACUGAUGUUUAUGCUCUAAUUGAUCCAGGUGUGAGUUUGUCUUUAGUGACUCCUUAUCUAGCCAUGGGUUUUGGCAUUUCUCCUGAAAAACUUCUUGAGCCCUUUAGUGUUUCCACACAUGUCGGUAAAUCUAUUUUAGUAGAAAGAGUCUAUCGUGAUUGUACAAUCUUUGUCUAUUACAAAGACACCAUGGAUGACUUAGUUAAGUUAGAUAUGGUGGAUUUUGAUUUUAUUCAAGGAAUGGAUUGGCUUGAUGCUUGUUAUGCCUCAAUUGAUGGUGAAACUUGA